CAAUAAAAACAUCGCAAACGUGAAAUAGUUUUCCCAAGUCUCGUAUGUAAUAGAUGGUUACAAAGAUUAAUAGUUAGUGUAUAAUGAAAAUUAUUUCUUAGGUGAGGUAAGAGAUGACUUAAUGUUAAUUUAGGCAUUGAAUUUAAUGAUAUUGGAUAUAUUGUAAGCGUAGGAACUUGGUGAACAUCCGCUUAACAUGGCGCUCUGUAACGACAUGUGCGGAAGAUAACGCUCGUCCUUUGUCGCAUUGCAAUCUACUCAAGCAAUCAAGUGUGGCUAAUAUUUUGUUUUUGGAUUCUUUAUAAAGUAUUAAAAUUGUUAUAUAAUCAAUACGUGAGCUUGAAUGAGUAUUACGACAUAAUAUACGGGCAUCGCAAUGGUGAAAACCCGACGUAGUAACGGAGAGAAUGGGGAGGUUGACGAAGGAAAUUAUUCGAUAAACCACGUUGGGAGCGUGUCUGACGAGAAGGCAUCUGCAAACUGGUCUCAAAGGGAGUUGAGAAGUAGUCAAUAUAAGGUAGCAAGAAAGAUACAACGUUGGCCAACUAGAUGUAAUAGACUUCGUGCAAUAAAAAUGCCUCGGACAAUAAUGUUUCCCGAAAGUGAUACCGAGCCAGAAAAAUAUACAAGAAGAUCUCGUCAAGUAAGAGUAUUCUUUGCUGAAGAGAAUGAGUCAACAACUAGAAGUAUGAAAAUUCGUCGUAAUCGUGGACCAAGGAAAAAUUAUAUGGAAGAUAGUGAGGACAAACCAAUACAGCAAAAUGUCAGAAGAAGUUGUAGAAAGCGCAAACUCUUGCAUCACAAUUUCAAUGAAAGUUGGAUUACAAAUGAGUUAAAAGUAAAAGGCUAUCCAGACUUGUAUGGGUUUCCUGGAACAAGUUCUUCAGAUGAGUUCUCUUCAGGAGAUGAAGCUAAAGAAACUAAGAAAUCGACUCGCAGUCUCCCUCCGACGAAUACAGACGAAGACACACAGCUGGCGCGCCAGAGAAGAACUUCAGCGAGGUUUAGAAAUAUAAAGGAUGCUUCAGAAUCUGAUUCGGAGGAUGAGAACAAUCAGACUGUAAUUGAAAAGAAACAGACUGAAGAUAAAAUAGAAAAUGAGAAAAUAGACAACAAGGAGAUUGAGCCCAAGAAAGAGCCAGAAGAAAAGAGCCAAGAACCAGACAAUUGGAGGGGACGAGGCAACAGCUUAAACGACGAAUACAUCUGUCACGUUCGUUUCGCGGACGAUAUCGUUAUCGUUGCGGAGUCGUUGGCCAAGCUAGGUCAAAUGCUGGGUGGCCAAAAGGAGUCCUCAAUAAAGAAAAGACCAGUAGGUUUAGCGUCGUCGUCGUCGUCGUCGGAGUCGGGCAGCUCGCUGCGUCCGCGGCGCUCGUGCCGCACGCGCGCGCCGCCCGCCUUCGUGCAGCUGCCGCCCGACGCGCGCCCGCGAGGCAAAACAUUCACGUUAAGAAAAAAACCUUAUAGUUUGAGGGAGAGGAAACCAAAGUUACUACGUAGGAAAACAAUAAGAUCUCAAUCGCCUUCAAGUAGCAGCACGAGUAGUACAUCUAGUUCAGAUACAGAGGAAGAUCUUAAUGUGUCUAUGAAGAACAAGACUAAAGGGAGACAAAAAUCCAAAUCAAUGGAUGAUAAGAAAACUGACAGAGCUUUAAGAGACAUACAACCAAUAGAAGUAGAUGGCAGUGUCAGAUUUUCAUCAGUUGGAGGUUUAGAAGAACACGUAAAAUGUCUCCGUGAAAUGGUAAUAUUCCCACUGAUGUAUCCAGAACUAUUUGAAAAGUUCAAAACUCGGCCAGCCAAAGGGGUUCUUUUUCAUGGACCACCCGGUACAGGGAAGACGUUACUAGCCAGAGCGUUAGCUAAUGAAUGUCAGUUAAUUAGUGGAAGGAAAGUGGCUUUCUUCAUGAGGAAAGGUGCAGACUGCUUGAAGAAAUGGGUGGGAGAGAGCGAGCGGCAUUUGAAGUUGCUGUUUCAACAGGCAAAUAAGAUGAAGCCUUCCAUCAUUUUCUUCGACGAGAUAGACGCACUGGCACCCGUGAGGAGCGUGCGGCAGGAGCAGGUGCACACCAGCGUCGUGGGCACGUUGUUGGCAGAGAUGGACGGCGUGUGCGAGAGGGGCGAAGUGGUAGUGAUAGGGGCAACAAACCGCCUGGACGCCGUGGACCCGGCGCUGCGGCGCGCGGGCCGCUUCGACCGCGAGCUGCACUUCCCGCCGCCGCACGCCGCCGCGCGCCGCGACAUCCUGGACAUCUACACGCGGGACUGGCAGCCGCGGCCCUGCGGCGACACGCUGGACCACUUAGCGGACAUCACUGGCGGAUACGGAGGUUCUGAUUUAAAGGCGUUGUGUUCCGAAGCAGUAUUAAAAGCGCUCAGAAGGGUGUAUCCACAAGUUUACGAUAGUGAAUAUGCUUUAGUUAUUGAUCCUAAAAAUGUGGAGGUGACGGUGGAGGACAUGGAGGCGGCGAUGGAGGGGCUGGUGGUGGCGGGCGCGCGCGCCGGGCCCGCCCCCGCGCGCCGCCUGCCGCCCUACUGCGAGCCGCUGCUGCGCGCCCAGCUGCGCGCCGCCGCCGCGCUGCUGCCGGAGCCCUUCCCGCCCGCCGGCCUCACCGGGUCGACGGCGACGCCGGCCGCGUCCAACGUGCUGCUGCUGGCGGGCGCGUGCGCGGAGACGCUGCUCGCGCCCGCGCUGCUGGCGCAGCUGGAGCGCGUGCCCGUGCGCGAGCUGAGCGUGGCCGCGCUGCACUCCGCGCUCGCCUACUCGCAGGAGCAGGCGCUCAUCUCGCUGUUCUCGGAGUGCCGGCGCUGCGCGCGCGGCUGCGUGCUGUUCGUGCGCGACGUGGCGGCGGUGUGGCGCGCGCUGGCGGGCGCGGGCGCGGCGCUGCUGCUGCAGCUGUGGCGCGCGCGCGCCGCCGGCGAGCGCACGCUGCUGCUGGCCACCGCGCCGCGCGCCGACCUGCCGCCGCCGCUUCUAGAAUUAUUCCCACCAUACAAAGACUGUCUUUAUACGGUACGAGAACCGACUGUCUCUGAAGUUAUCAACUUCUUAAAGCCAAUUAUCACAGAAGCACCAUUACAGCCACCGGUAAUUGAAAAUAAUGAACCGCCACCUCCACUACCAAGAGCUCCACCGCCCCCGCCUCCUCGAGAGAGUAAAGAAGAGAUGGCGAGAAGAAAGCGAAAAGAAGAUUAUCAGCUUAGGGAAUUAAGAAUAUUUCUCCGUGAUAUUUGUAGAAAGCUGGCUUCGAAUAGGCGUUUCUAUAAAUUUACUAAGCCCGUCGACUUGGAAGAGGUGACGGAUUAUCUGGACAUUAUCAAACAGCCUAUGGACCUCGAGACUAUGAUGACGAAGGUAGACAUGCACAAAUAUAAUUGCGCCAAGGACUUUCUGGACGAUAUCGAUUUGAUAUGCGCUAACGCGCUGGAAUAUAAUCCGGACAGUGCCAUUCAAAGGGCUAGAGGGAUGUCUAGAACGUCGUCAGACAAGCAGAUACGCCACGAGGCGUGCUCGCUGCGGGACCACGCGCACGCGCUCAUCGACGUGGAGAUGGACAGUGACUUCGAGCUCGAGUGUCGCGAGAUCGCGCGCCGCAGGAGGGACAUGGGCGCCGCCGACAACGACCUGCCCGACUUCAUCUACACCGCCUCCAACCUGCGUGAGUGGCUGACUACUUUAUUAGCAUUAUCUACUUCCACGAACGAUAGCAAAGCGGUGCGAACGCCACAGAAUGGUGAAAAGAGCGAGACACAUUCGGCAAAGCGCAAACGCAGACGGAUGAACGCCUGGUCAAAAGGCUUGGUUGUGAAAAGGCAGAAAACAGCACAGAAAAGCUUUAAGGACUCGAGCAUAGCCAUAACGGACGAGGAGUCAAAGGAAAACAAGCCUAUCACAUCGACGCCGCUGCAGAUGUCGUGCAGUUCGUCGGGCUCUGACGACGACGCGCCGCUGAGGCGACCGCGCGACUGCGACGAGCUCAACGACCUGCACCAUUCGCAGAUCAACCACGUGCUCGACAGUCCUGCAAAAACGGAGAAGGCACCAACAAAGACAACACCAAAGAAACGAAACUCAGGUCACGAGGCCACUAGCGCAGACGCAGAGAAAGUAGUGAUAAAUAAGACUGAGCUAGAAAACAUACUGUAUAAGAAUGCGAAGGCGCUACGCGGGAUCGGUUUAGAGGCAUUAUUGGAUUUAUACACACAGCUGGCUGGUGCUGUGAGGGCACAGAUGAACGCCACCGACCGCACUCGCUUACCUCAAGAUAUACAAGUAAUCGUGACGCGUUACCUACAGCUGGCGCGCAAGUGACGGCCUCACUCGCCAGCCUUCCGUCAAACUUAUUACCACACCGACCGACUUCAAACCUUAUAAGUAUUUAAACUUUCACUAAGAACACUUAAUUUUAUAAAUAGCGCGAUUGUCCUUUUAAACAUUAUUGACCUACUGGUGACGUUACAGAAGCCAAGGUCAUGGGAUAAUGUAAAUAGACGUUAAUUAAUUCGGUAAUCCAUAAUAUUUUGCGCUCGUAUUUGUACAAUUUGAGACUAAACACCACUUAUACACCUUAGGAAUGAUUUCAUUUCAGAGGAUUCAUU